GAACUUGGGAAUAGGGUGAGUAGUGAGUGAAUUACCCCAUUUGAGGCUGAGGCUGUAAGAAAGAGGCUUAAAGGAGAAAUGAUCGAAUGUUGUAAUUCACUUCUAAAUCUUCCGUUUCCAUCGUUUCCCAUCACUGAUCUUGGUGCAAGCAGUUUCCCUCAACGUUUCCGCAAAACCCUUUCUUUUUCACAUCGUUCAUCCAAGUUCCAACGUUGUGGAAUUUCCCGAGCCAUGGAAGCGGUUGAAGGAAGUGAAGGGAGCAGAGGGUCAACCCCUGCAAUGAAGCUCUUGUUCGUGGAGAUGGGUGUUGGCUACGAUCAACAUGGGCAGGACAUAACGGUCGCAGCAAUGAGGGCGUGCAGGGAUGCCAUUUCUUCUAAUUCAAUCCCUGCUUUCCGCAGAGGUUCCAUUCCUGGUGUCAGUUUUGAACAGAUGAAAUUGCAGAUCAAGCUAGGAGUUCCUCAUUCCCUCCAGAACACUUUGGAUAUUGAGAAAGUCAAGUCAGUAUUCCCGUAUGGAAAAAUUUUGAAUGUUGAAGUUGUGGACGGUGGUUUGAUAUGCUCAAGUGGUGUGCUUGUAGAAGAGAUGGGUGACAAGAAUGAUGAUUGUUACAUUGUGAAUGCUGCUGUUUAUGUGGGCUAUUAACUUUCAGCUUCUGCAAUGCUUUGUUGAGUUUGUUCUCUUGUUAAUGGACUCCUGAUUUUAAUAAGUAAUGGUAUCUUCCGUAUAAUAACAUAACAUUGUACAUUUCUGAUUUUCUCUA